UUAAUUUAUUGCUUAAUUCGCUUAUCUUCUUAUAUUACUACUACCACUACUACUACUACUACUACUACUACUACUACUACUACUACUACUACUACUACUACUACUACUACUACUACUACUACUACUACUACUACUACUACUACUACUACUACUACUACUACUACUACUACUACUACUACUACUACUACUACUACUACUACUACUACUACUACUACUACUACUACUACUACUACUACUACUACUACUACUACUACUACUACUACUACUACUACUAAAAGCCAUUCACUGAUAUCGAAGAUUUACACAUAA